GACAAGCGUUGCACGCCAAACCGGAAGCCAUCGGAACGAUCCUUGAAAGAGUUGGUUGUCAACACUAAUAACUAAUAGCAAUAACGAUAGCAAUACCMUCAGAAAUCAAUACAAACAUACCAGCGACGACGAAGAAUAAACCACAACGGUAACUGGAACAAGCCUUGUAGCACCAUCCACUCGGACCAGCAUAGCUAAUUGCGACUGAUUGCACGGUAUCGGGCCUGUGUGACGAAUGAAAGGGACGUUUUAGGCRCACUCGUACCUUUGCUUCAGUCCUGGUACUCACGCUAGUGCAACCUUGCUUACAAGCAACCGAAGCGGCGCGAGAGAAACAAAAGGAUGAAGAAUCGAUUGCAGGUAGUUCCGAUAUCAUCGGACGAUCAUUCCUUUCGCUCCUCUCGGUCUGCUCGUUCCACCGACACCUCGAGCAGAAGCAGCCGGAGCCAUAGCCAUAGCCGCAGUUUGGUACGCCUUCGCAGUUCAAGCAUGAAGAGCAGCAAACGACAAAGCCAGCAAGCCAUGUUCAGUAAGAGACCCUAUAUGUACAAAACAGCGGAACAAACGAUAUCAUCGAGCCCACCCAGUGUUCCCUAUCCGAACGGAAAGAGGAACAGGAGCAGAAAGACAAACAAGAGCAGAAAUGCAAACACCAAACAGCAAAUAACAGUGUUUAAUGCGAAUCCCGUUCCCUGCUUUGAUUGGGUCGAAUCCGGAAUGGAUUUCCUGGGAUGCGGAACGAUUGCCGACGCCAGCCAAAAAUCCAAAGAUAGCAAGCGGAAUAAUGCUUCGCCCAACAGACACGGACAUGGCCAGCUUUACUCUCCUCUUAGAGAGGAGGACAUACUAGCGAACAAAAUGAGGCAUCUGGACCUUAUGGGACGGGAUUACAUGCAACUGCACGAGGAUUUCUUUGAUUCUCUCCUGAAGGAAGAGGGCGACCGAAUCCUGGCAACCAUGGCAGCGUCCGCGGUAUCCUCGCAACAAAACAAAAGCUUCUCAAAGAAGUCUUCGAAUCAAAACAAAAACGCUGUCCACAGGUCGUCGACUUCGGUAGCGUCGGAAAACACAAACUGCGACACUCACAGUUCGCUCGACAACUACAGCAACGGUAACAGCAACAGCAACACCAAUAGCGGUCACACAAGGACAAGCCUGAAGACGAUCUCUUCGAAGACCACGAGCUCGAAAACAAUUUCCACUACAAAGACUUCAGGGACCAAAACGGUGUCCUCCAUAAAGAGCGUUCGUCUGGGGCGAUGCGGUAGCUUUUGCAAGAAGAAAAAGAGUGGCGACAAGGAGAUUGAAAAGUACGAUGAGAUCUACAAUCCCGAUAAAGAUGGUAACAACGCGAAACCUAUAUCCGCAUCGAACGGUCAUCCAUCGACACCCUUGGCACCGUCGUCUGACACGGCCGCGAACAACGCAAAGAAACUCUCGUCUUCAAAUUUAUCAAUAAGAGAUAUAAUGUCGAAGACACAUCUAGAAGCCCCGUCUUAUUACUUGCAUAUGGAAUGCAAGUUACAAAAAGACAAGGGGAAAGGAGAGACGCUCGGGAAUUCUGUGAGUGCAGAAGGAAGAGAACUAACUUUGACAAAGCUUCGCGACAAAAUGAAAUUGAUUGUAGAGGUAUCAGGAGAACUAGAAACCUCUCCCAAUAAGAACAAGGACGACACGUUUAAGAGCAUGAGUGCCGGGAUGAAACGCCGUAGGGCAAAGAUUGCAUUGAUCGAAAACAAUAAUCGGUGUACCACCGGGGAAGACGAUGGGUCGUACAUCAUCGAAACGCGUUCAAUGAUCGAAUUUCAAUUGGGCUUUUUAUCGAUGCAAUACGGGUUGUUGUUGCGAUGGGAUGCUUAUCGGUCGGGACAGAUCGUCUUCGUUUGUCUGCGAAAAAUGUGCCACGAUUCGUUUUACACCAAGAUACCUUCUCCUCCUCCCAUUAUAUCAACAUCAGUGAAGUCACCAACUAAUUCACCAACGGCAAGAAGAGAUGGAGCCACAUCGCAGUAUCCGAAAUCCAUUAUGAAGAAAAGUUCACAGGAACGAAUACCCUUGAACACUAACCAUACCGACGUUGGACGUUCGGGUCGCAUCCCCGACACGGUUGGCGCCAUGAAAAAACGAGAGAUAACGCCUCCGUUUGUUAUUCGCAGCCCCAAAGGUGGCAAUCACGCGAUUUACCAACGGUCUUCUGGUGCAACGGAGGUUGUACUGGUGGACGCACCCUAUCGCGUGCCGCAUCCGAAAGUUUUUGCUCCGUCWAUCUURUCCUUGGACGUACACCGUCUCACCGGCUUGGACCCAAAAUCCAGGUGGACAUUGAUUAUGACGUUUGACGGUGAUACAGAAAUUGCCCACCUCAGAUACAACCGACGGGAAGGAGUUUUUGAAACAACGCGCAGCGCCCCUUGUACAUGGGAGCUAGACAUGAUGCCUCACGGACGUGCCGCUGCUGCGUCGUUCGAUGUGGUGACGGGGCUAGAAAUCCGAUUAUUUGAACAACGUCCGAAGCAUCAUCGGUUGCGAGGAGUUGCAAAUGGGGUUGCAGGAAUGGUGGGAGGAAGAUCUUCAUCGUCAUCGUCUUAUGUCCCAGCGGGCAGUGAUCCGUUUUCGAUGUCUUCUCCAUCCAAUUCGUACGUCAUACAAAAUCAGCGUUUGACUUAUUACAGUGGAAGUGGCAAUCACAACAGCGGAAACAACAGGAUAUACAGGACCAACAGCGAAAGCAGUCUCGGUAGCAACAACAGCGGAACAAGCAGUCUGAAGAAAAGCACCUCUCGUUUGGCGUCAACCAUGACCGUCCCGUUGGGAGGACUUGUAUGUCAACCGAGCACAUCCCAAACUACCCUGUGGAAAUUGACUAUACCAUUUACUCACAACGAAAAUGCCGAAGUCACGCUGACUUUGAUGCAUCAAUCGGAGUACGCGCACUGGUUGUACCAAGAAUUGCGUGCCCGCCGAAAGGAAGAAGUGGCCGCCUCUCGAGUUUCGCCGCUAUGGCGUUCUCUCGUUUCACCGAGGAAGAAACAUGGUCAUGGUGAUAGGGUAGACAGCGACGACGAUUUUACUUUUGCCGAUCCUUCCGAUGACACGGACGACAUGAACUGUAUAGAGUGUAUCUACUUUUGUUGUGUCGAUCCGCGGUAGGGACCCGGUGAUAUUUAAAGGGUGCGGUGGGAAACUAUUCAUCCCCCAAACAAUUUUGCGGUUUCUUUCUAUACUCCAAUGCAAAUGGUAUAAGAUUUGUAGCGAUGGAAAUGACAAACCAAUGAAAGGUCGAACGUGAUUGUGAUACGAAGCAAUCAUAUUGAGUAGCGAUCACGAGAACUACGACAAGAGACCCCAUAACUCAUAGUUAUAUA